AUGUGCUCGCCGGAUCCCGAAGAUAUGCAUAUCUUAACCAAUGAUAUCCCCUCAUUUGAUAAAAGCCUCGAUCCCUAUGGACCAGAAGGCCAUUUGGCCCUGGAUAUCGAGAGAUUUUCCUCGUUUAUGAAUAAACCAGACAGUCGAAUUAUGUCCAAACCAGUGAUCGUUCGAGGAAUCCCUUGGCGCAUCUUGGCUAUUUGCAGACACCAACAGAACAACCGCCAGGUUGCGACUUCACGAUCUCGUAACAACUACAAUUUCGGGUUCUUCCUACAGUGCAACAACGAUGAUCUACUGCAGAAACGAGGAAUGUGGAGGUGCUAUGGACAAGCUACUCUUGAAGUGCUGAACGCCAACGGACCGCCAAUACAGAAGAAAAUUCAUCACUCGUUUCACAAUACCGAAGUUGACUGGGGAUUUUCAAAUUAUGAUCAGUAUGAUACAUUAACGAGCCCUAAAGACGGAUACGUUAUUGAUGAUGUGAUCAGAUUGCGGUGCCGUUUCACUGCCGAUGUUCCAACUGGAGCUAAUUACAUGUGGGAUAGCAAAAAACACACCGGGUGUAUUGGAUUGCGAAACCAAGGAGCUACUUGUUAUAUGAAUUCGAUAUUGCAAUCGUUCUACUUCACGACUGGUUUCCGCCGCGCUGUAUAUAAUAUGGAAGUUGGUACAGAACCGAAUGAAAGCAACAUUGUGCUCGCCAUGCAAAGAGUUUUCUAUGAACUUCAAAUGUCUAGUGAAGCAGUCGAAACAAAUAGUUUGACACGAGCAUUCGGUUGGGACAAGCUUGACGCCUUCAAUCAGCACGAUGUUCAAGAGUUUUGUCGAGUUCUCCUCGAUAACCUGGAAACAAAAAUGAAAGGAACAUCUGAAGAAAAAUCGAUCCCCAAUCUAUUCCGUGGAAAUAUGAAAUCAUAUAUCAAGUGCCUUGAUGUAGAUUAUGAGAGCUCACGAACUGAGUCUUUCUAUGAUGUACAGCUCAACGUUUUGGGAAUGGAUAGUUUAGAACGUGCUUUCGACGCGUAUACCACACCUGAAACACUUGAUGAUGAUAAUAAAUAUGAUGCUGGAGAUCACGGUCUACAACGAGCUGAGAAAGGAGUCAAAUUUGUUGAAUUACCACCAGUGCUACAUGUGCAGUUGAUGCGUUUCCAAUAUUGUGGUGUGGAGCAAAAGAUCAACGAACGGUUUUCGUUUCCGGAGAAAAUGAAUCUUUCGAACUGUUGCGAACUUGGACCGAUGCUCAAUGAGGAGGACUGUGUUUAUAGUCUACAUGCCGUCCUUGUACACAGUGGGGAAUUCCACGGCGGACACUACGUCACCUACAUAAAUGUCAACCUGCAUGAAUCGGCAGUCGAUCCAACGGCAACCGCGAAAUGGUGCAAGUUCGAUGACGACGUAGUUUCGAGAACAACGACAGACGACGCCAUUGUCAGUAAUUUUGGAGGUGAAAAGGCUAUGAACUCGUCUGCUUACAUGCUCGUCUAUGUUCGAGAUAAUGCUAUUGAUCAGGUUUUGGCUCCGAUUCCUGACACGCAGAUUCCGCAAUCCGUGUCUCGUACUUUUGAAAUGGAACGAAUGCAUCGUAAUCGUGAGAAAAAGAAACAGGAAGAAGAACAGAUGUGUAUGAGUAUUACUCUUGUAACUCCAGACAUUCUCGCGACAAAUCACUCGUUUGAUCUAAUUGAACCAGUUACUAUCACCGACGUUCUCCCACAUGAGACUGUAUACAAGCACAUGGUGACCGCAGAACUCUACCAAUUCGUGCAAGAGAAGCUUUUCGAAAAAAGCACCUUGCCAAAAGUUGACAUGUUCGAUUCGGAUGAUGAAACCAGAAUGAAGAGAAAAGAGAUUCUACGUCGUUUGAAGACGAAAAAGUUUGGUUUCCGACUAUGGAGGAUGACUGACUCAUACACAGUAGACAAACCCCAGAAAAUGGCAUCGAGAUUGAGACCAAGUGAUUUUAUCGAGUACAGCAUCGAUACUCGCUUGGAUCAUACCUUGAGCCACGAUACUGAGACAAUCUACGUUGAACAUUCUCAGUUUCUUCAGCCACUAAACGAGUACUUGCCAACCCGUGAUAUCUUAUUCUUUUUGAAGUACUACGAUGCAAUCACCGACAAAUUCACCAUCAUUGGACACGUCACUCUGGAUUCUCACAAAAGAUUGAACUUAUAUCGCAUGACGUUCUGUGAUCUACUUGGGUUGCCGAAAGACACCGAACUGAAGUAUUACAUUGAGCACGCGCCAAAUCAUGUCGAACAAAUCGAUGAUCCUAAUAGAAGCACAAUCAGCAGACUUGUGGACGAUCAGGAUGGUGCCAUAGUAAUUGUAGAGAAAGCCGAUCCAACUGCGAAAAAAGACGCUAAAACAAAAAUGAUCGAGUUGUACAAUGAUGUUGAAUUUGAGUUUUCUCAACAGUUCUAUAGCAAAAUGCCAAAUGAGGAACCAUUUGAGCUAUUCACUAAAAGAUUCUGCCUCGAACAAAAGUUGACUGACGUAACGGAAUUCAUCGGAUCCGAAUUGAAUGUCGACCCCAGAAAUGUAAUGUUGUGGACUCGUGUCUCUGGUAGCCGCUUCGAACCGAACUUCGACGAUUACGCUGUCACGGGGAUCCAGUGCAAAUAUUUGACAUUGAGAACGCUACAUGAUCCUAGACAACAUAAAAAAUAUAGUGUCUCAUAUGCGAUCUUCCCGUUCCCAGUCAAUGAAGUGCAUACCACACGUAUGUUCGUCCGACUUUACCGGCAGAUGCCCAACGGAAAUGUAGAAGAACUGAAUUUGUUCCCGCCAAAGGAUGGAACUGUGACAGAUCUCAUCGCAGAAGCCAAACGAUAUUAUCCAUCUGUAGAAGGCGGAUCCGGAAAGUUCAGACUUCUUCAAAUCGGAACUUCACCUCUCAACAACCAACGUGUCUUUCAAAUCUACAACGAAAAUACGGCGAUUGUUGAUCUUGAUCAAAGACCAGUAUAUAAGCAGCAGGCUCAACACACACUUAACUGUCGUAUCGAAGAAAUUCCUCACGAUGAGUUGGACGUUGCUCAGGGAGAGUUCUUCUGUCCAGUGGUUCAUUACGAUCGUGAGCCAACGAAACUUUUCGGAGUUUCGUUCGUCAUCAAGAUUCGCAACGGGGAACUGAUGACUGACGUGCGUGAUCGUCUUCGUAGAAAGCUGCCCGAUGUUUCGGAUGCUGAGUUCGCGAAGUACAAGUUCGCUUUGUUGAGCAGAGACAAGCUUUGUCGCAAUAUUGAAUUCAAUGCCGGCGAGAAGGUCAAUCUCAUGGACAUGGCAAAUCAGACCACUGGAGUUCCUCAAGUCUACAUAGGAUUGGAUCACAAAUCACCAUCCCAACAUUCUAAUGAAGCUGCCAUACGAAUUCUGAACUGA